AUGAGCGUCGCUUCGUCGUCACCGCACGCUUCUCGCGACCCUCGUCUCUCGCCCUCACCCGCCACCGUGAUCGGGCGAGCGCUAGGGAACGAAUUGCAUCCCGAUGCCCACAAGCCGGCGUCGCCAUCGACCUCUCAGCGCCGCCCAUCCAAGGACGGAGUCGGAAUGGCCCUGUCAGACACCCCGCUUUCCACCGCUCCCAGCUCUCCGCAGAUACGCGCACAAUUACACACUCCUACAUCUGUCCCGUCCUCCACUGCGCAGACUCCAAAGCCGCGAGCAACCACUCUUGACAUCCCCGGCCUCACCCGGUCCAAAGUAUCGCCCGAUGGACGCAUUCCAGAGCGCGAUGUUGGCUCCAAGCUGGUCAUCGUCAUGGUCGGCUUGCCAGCACGAGGCAAAAGUUACGUUACAAAGAAGCUAGCACGGUAUCUGAAUUGGUUACAGCAUGACACGCGCAUAUUCAAUGUUGGCGAGCGCCGGCGUUUGGCGGCCGGGAAUUCUCCGUCGCCUUCUAUGCUUCGCUCCAAGGAUCGCAGCGAAAGCUCUAUUACCCAAGAGCUCGUCGACUCGGUGCGCAAGAUGAGCGUUAGUGUCGGAAAUCCUAUGCCUUCUAUUCCCUCGCCUCCCGCCGAGAUGGGCGACUCGCUUCCGCCGCCGGCUAUUCCAACAGAAAUUCUCGUAAACGGCGAGCGCGUUGCUCAUCCUGGUUCAGAACAUAGCACGCCAGAUGUUGAACACAAGCCUGAAGUGAACGUUCAUCCAGUGAAGCGCGAAUCCAUUGACCAGUCGGCGAGUUUCUUCGACCCCCAUAACCAGCAGGCAGUCCAGCUCAGAGAGCAGGUUGCACUAGCCACUUUGGACGAGCUGCUAGAUUAUAUCUUGGAUCAAGGUGGGAGUGUCGGUAUUCUAGAUGCUACAAACAGCACUCUAGAGCGCCGCAAGACGAUCAUGGAUCGCAUCCGCGAACGUGCCGGCCCGGAACUAGGAGUCUUGUUUCUAGAAAGUCGCUGCGUUGACCCCGUGCUUUUGGAAUCAAACAUGCGGCUGAAACUUUCUGGUCCUGACUACCAUGAUCAAGACCCUGUGGAAGCGCUAGAAGACUUCAAAAAGCGAGUCGCAAUGUACGACGAAUCCUACGUCCCUCUCGGUGAAUACGAGGAAAAGAACGACAUGGCGUACGUGCAAAUGAUAGAUGUCGGACGAAAAGUCGUGGCGCACCAAACAAACGGCUUCUUGUCCUCGCAAGUCGUCUACUAUCUGAUGAAUUUCAACCUGUCCCCGCGCCAAAUCUGGAUUACACGACACGGUGAAAGUAUCGACAACCAACUCGGCCGUAUCGGCGGUGACUCGGAACUCAGUGAAAACGGACACAAGUACGGCGAGGCACUGGCCAGGUUUAUAGACCACCAGAAGGGCGUAUGGGAGGAAUACCAGGCUCAAAAGGCAAUGACUAGCCAUUUCCCGCCUCACCCUGGUGACAGCACACCCCCCAACCCAUCCUACGGCACGCGCGACAGGCCCCGCAACUUCUGCGUGUGGUCCUCCAUGAUGAAACGAGCCAUCCAAACAACCUCCUAUUUCAACGACGACGACUACGACAUCAAACAAAUGCGCAUGCUGGAUGAACUCUACGCAGGCAAAAUGGAAGGCAUGACAUACGAAGAAAUCAAAGCCAAAUAUCCCGAGGAGUACGAAAACCGGAGAAAAGAGAAACUACAAUACCGAUACCCCGGACCGGGAGGCGAGGGUUAUCUCGACGUCAUCAACCGUCUCCGCGCCGUCAUUGUCGAAGUCGAACGCACCACCGACCACGUCCUCCUAGUCACGCAUCGCUCGGUCGCUCGCGUCCUGCUCGCGUACUUCCUCGGCCUUAGCCGCGACGAGGUGGCUGGUCUGGAUGUCCCACUCGGCGUGUUGUACAUGCUCGAGCCGAAGCCAUAUGGAGUGGACUUUAAAGCCUACCGAUAUAACCCGCAGACAAAUUGGUUUGAUUACAUACCUGAUUUCAAACUCCGCCAGACACAUACGAUCUAG